AUGGCGACCAACAGGUGCGUCCCGCCUGCGCAGUCCAGCGCCGGUGGCUCUGGCCUCGUUCGUAGCGGGAUGGAAGCGCUGCGGUCCUGCGGCGCCGCCUCGACGUCCGCGCUGCUGGCGCACCGCCGUGGGCCCGCUCUGAGGUUGCGCAGGGGGGAAUGCACUGCAGUGCGCUGCGCCGCCGCGCCUGAGACCGCGGCGACCACAAGGGUCAAGAGGAAUGAAAACUUCGGGAAGCUCCAGGCUGGCUACCUGUUUCCUGAGAUCGCCAGGCGAAGAAGGGAACAUGAAGCCAAGUAUCCUGACAAGCAGAUAAUCAGCCUUGGCAUUGGGGACACCACAGAGCCCAUACCAUCGUUCAUAUCAGAUGCCAUGGCAAAGGCAGCAGCUGGGCUGGGAACACGUGAAGGCUACAGCGGGUACGGUGCAGAGCAGGGCAGACCUGAUUUGAGGGAGGCCAUCGCCAAGGCAUUCUACCCUGGGCUUCGCAAAGCCGAUGAGAUUUUUGUGUCCGAUGGGGCAAAAUGCGACGCAGGUCGCUUGCAAAUGAUGUUUGGGGUGGAUCGAACAGUGGCUGUUCAAGAUCCCUCAUAUCCAGUAUAUGUGGACACAACAGUCAUCCAGGGCUCCACAGGGAACUACAACCCAGCCAGUGAAGGCUUUGAUGGCAUCGAGUACAUGCUGUGCAAUGCUGACAACGGUUUCUUCCCAGAUUUGUCGAAGGUGCCUCCCACAGAUUUGAUAUUCUUCUGCUCGCCAAACAACCCCACAGGGGCAGCAGCGACGAGGCAGCAACUGCAGGAGCUGGUGGAUUUUGCAAAAAGAAAUGGCUCAAUAAUUGUCUACGAUGCAGCAUAUGCACUCUACUGUGAGGAGCCAGACUGUCCGAAGACAAUCUAUGAAAUUCCAGGUGCUGAUGAGGUUGCAUUGGAGGUGAACUCCUUCUCGAAAUAUGCUGGCUUCACGGGCGUCCGCCUUGGCUGGACAGUUGUCCCUGAUGCGUUGAGAUUCUCUGAUGGGACUCCAGUGAAGACGGACUUCAAUCGUAUCAUGACCACUUGUUUCAACGGGGCAUCCAGCAUUGCACAGGCAGGAGCACUUGCAUGCCUGGAGCCAGAAGGCUACAGUCAGAUGAUGAAUGUCAUCAGCUUCUACAAAGAGAAUGCGGCCAUUCUACGGAAGACAUUCAUUGACAUGGGCUUCUCGGUAUAUGGCGGUAUCAACUCGCCUUAUGUGUGGGUUGGUUUCCCAGGUCAAAAGUCCUGGGAUGUGUUUGCUGACAUCCUAGAGAAAUGCCACAUCGUGACCACCCCUGGAAGUGGGUUCGGCCCUGGGGGCGAGGGAUUUGUGAGAGCAAGUGCAUUCAGCACCAGGGAAAACGUGAACGAAGCGGUGAGCCGCUUCCAGGCAGUGUUUGGCAGCAGCUGA